CUGACGCUGGAAGUGACAUCACGUUACGUCGGAACCAACAGCCUGUGGUGGCAACUGGCAACUUCUGCCGUGUUCCCAAAGCAACUCAAUUUCAAAGAUAUGCUAAUAUUUGACAGCAGACCAGGCGAGACAGGAUUCUGAGGAGAACUUACGUUGUUGGCGAUAACACUCCGGAUUACAACAACCCGACAUUAAAGAGAAAAGAAGAAGCAACAGGCGGUUGAGCUGGGCGGACAUGGCGGACGGCAGCAGGUUCACAGCUAUUAAAUAAACGCCAGGCAAAGCAAAGCCGAAAGCGAGAGGUUGCUGCUGAGGGACUUGAAUUUAUUUGAAUGUUGCACGGAUAGCCGGGGCUCCCCCAGGACUGUCAGCCCUCCACUGAAGCCUGCAUGGCGUCCUCUCAAGCCCGGCUAGGCCAGCAGGCCUUAGCUGUGCUUGAUGUGGCUCUGCGAGUUCCCUGUAUCUUUAUUAUCGACGCCAUUUUUAACUCUUACUACGACCCUGGUUCGGGAUGGGUCGGGGUGAUGGGGAAGGUGUUCGUCAGAGUCAUGGGUGUCCUCGUCUCCAGCAUGGUGCUGCUGCUCUCCCAGAAAGCCUUGUUCAAGUUCUACACCCUCUUCUUCGCCGUUCUCCUCGGCCUGGCGGCGGUCCUCAUCAACUACUAUGCCACCUCGCACAUAGACUUCUACAGCGCCUACUACAAAGCGGCACUGGGGUUCCGGUUGUUGCCCAGAAACGGGCCGACGCUGUGGCUGGGCAUGGCCGCCGUCCAGCUCGUUUUUGGCGUGGGCUACGUGUUCCUGCUCAACCUCCAGUCGGUGUUUGCCGCGCUGGUGGUCCUGGACAUCAUGAUCCCCCUGUGGGGGCUGAUGAUCGAGCUGCCCGCCGACGUCAGGCAGCUGGUGGCCGUGUUCUCGGGCCUGGCGCUGGCUCUCAACACGGCCGUGUGUCUGGCCAUGAGGCUCAAGUGGUUCUACUACUCGUGCCGCUACGUCUACCUGCUCGUGCGGCACAUGUACCGGAUCUACGGGCUUCAGCUGCUGCUCGAGGACACGUGGAAGAGGAUCCGAUUCCCUGACGUGCUGCGGGUGUUCUGGCUGACCCGGGUCACCGCCCAGGCGCUGAUCCUGGUCUACGUGGUGCGGGCGGUGAGGAGGGAGAGCGGAGACGCCACGGGUGCCGUCGCAGACGGGAUCUCCGACUCCCAGGGUUACCUGCUGAGCUGGGACGUGUUCUGGGAUCUGACCAGUAACCUGAUCAUCUCUGGCUGUGAUUCUACGCUCACCGUGCUGGGGAUGAGUGCCGUUAUCUCCUCUGUCGCGCACUACCUAGGCCUCAGCAUCCUGGCCUUCAUAGGUUCCACCGAGGAGGAGGAUAAGCGUUUGGGCUUCGUGGCUCCUGUUCUGUUCUUCAUCCUGGCUCUGCAGACGGGCCUCAGCAGCCUGAACCCCGAGGAACGCCUGGUCCGCCUGAGCCGGAACAUGUGCCUUCUGCUGACGGCCAUCCUGCACUUCAUCCACGGCAUGACGGACCCUGUCCUGAUGUCCCUGAGCGCCUCCCACGUCUCCUCCUUUCGCCGCCAUUUCCCGGUCCUGCUGGUGUCCCUGGCGCUCUUCGUGCUCCCCGUGGCGCUCAGCUACGCCCUCUGGCACUCCUAUGCCCUCAACACCUGGCUCUUCGCCGUCACCGCCUUCUGCGUGGAGCUCUGCCUCAAGGUGGUGGUGUCCCUGACGGUCUAUGGCCUCUUCAUGGCGGACGGCCUCUCCAACGUCCUGUGGGAGAAGCUGGACGACUACGUCUACUACGUGCGCUCCACGGGUAACGUCAUCGAGUUCCUGUUCGGAGUCAUCAUGUUCGGCAACGGCGCCUACACGAUGAUGUUUGAGUCGGGCAGCAAGAUCCGCGCCUGCAUGAUGUGCCUGCACGCCUACUUCAACAUCUACCUGCAGGCGCGGAACGGCUGGAAGACCUUCAUCAACCGCCGCACGGCCGUCAAGAAGAUCAACUCCCUGCCGGAGGUGCGCGGCGACCAGCUGUGGGACAUCGAGGACGUGUGCGCCAUCUGCUACCAGGAGUUCGCCACCUCGGCCCGCAUCACGCCCUGCCACCACUACUUCCACGCGCUGUGCCUGAGGAAGUGGCUCUACAUCCAGGACACGUGUCCCAUGUGCCAUCAGAGAGUGUACAUCGAGGACGAGAGCCGAGACCGAGCCGCCUUUUCCAACAACAACGGGGGCUACGCGGCGCCGCAGGACGUCGCCGCCGCGGCCCCGCCGCCCGCACCGGGAGACAACCAGCGUGGACAGCCGGCCGCCGAGCCACCGGCCAACGGAGGAGCGGUGGCGGCGGCGGCGGCGGCUGGCGGCCAGGCCGCAGGAGGACCGGCGGAGCUCGACAACGAGCUGCUGGAGGACAACGACAGCAUAGAGUACGACGAGGACGAGUGGGGGACUCAGAAUGGCUGCACGCCAAUAGAAGAAGACUAUAUCAACGAUGACACAGACUCCACCGAGGACUGACGAGGACAGAUCUAUAGAAAGAAAUAUACAUAAAUCUUUAUUAUAUUUAAGUUAAAAAGAAUUCUAAAACACAACAGCAUCUUAAUUUUGUUCUUG